UAGUGUCGACGCCCAGUAAUGACAAUUCAGCCAGACAGCAUCUCUCAUUGAGCUGAAGAUGGCUUCUCUCUGUGUUGGCUAUCUAUCACUACCAGGGUUUGAAAUAUUCCUGCCAGACGAGUCCGUUGCAGACCUCAUAAGCACUGGAUAUUACGCAGUUCUUGACUACGCAGUCUGCUUCUGGUCUUCCCGUUUUCAGGAAUGCCUCAAGCACGCCAUAGAUCAGAAGGAUGGUAUGAUAUUAAUUGAGGUUCUUUCAAAUUUCUUAGAGUCGCAGUACCGAUAGCCCCUGAAAGAAAUCAACAUUUCAUCCUCUGCACACGAGUUAAAAAGGCGAAUCGAAAAACAUGGAGAGUAGUCUGCUUCUGAGAAAUUCCUGAACGGUUUCGUCUCUACGCAGAAUCAGAUCGGCUGUUACACUCAGAACGCCGCCAUUAAUGAAUGUCUCGAUAUACCCGACGUUAUUUCGCGCAUCAGAGACAAUAUAGAGAGAGCUGUUUCAGAGAACGUGGGCAGUGAGAGAACUGACUCGAGAGUACUGUACUCUUCCUAUGGUCAUAUAAGUGCCCUAGGAUGAGUUGUGAGUUCUUCUAUCGAGGCUUCGAGACUCCCCAGCAAAGAGAAUCUCAUAUGAACAAGCACGACAGGCCUUUUGGAUGCUCCUUUCCUCAAU